AGAAAGAGAGAAUGGGAAACAAACACGUAUCGUUUUGUCACCAUAUCGAUAAACUACUACUAGUAGUAACCAACUAUUUACGUUGUCACUUCAAGACCUCUACUAGGCUCUAGCUCCACUGGUCCACUUUCAGGAAGUAGACCCUCCGUUGCCGGCAAUGUACCACUACUGAUCAAAGGAAGAAAAAGAGAAUGUCAAAUUAAUGAUAAUUCUCUACUCGUGUAUACGUAUUAUCUUACAGCACAGUACCGCUGGUUUGGACUUGAAGACGUCACUAUCAUUGGUGCCUAAAUGUAAUGCCAGGCCCGGGUACCGGAUUCACAGCAAGAUAACGAAGACCCGCGAGGGAAUUCUCGUAUUAUCAACUAGUCCACACUGUGGACGGAGACAGGAGCCAUAAUGGCUGUUUCCAGUGAAUUGGAAUCUUCCUUUCUGGACACAACCCUUUCCUCAGAUGAAUACAAGUCAAAAGGAAAAAUGAGUACCAUCUCUCGUGAUGCACUGGAACGCCGCCAGUUGCUGCACAAUAUGGAGCUACUAAAAUUGACUGUGUCUCUGAAAGACAAUCAGCUGAAGGAAAUGAAGGAUUCACACACCCUGCACGAAGAGGAGUUGGAGGAGAAGAUAGCAGAUGUUUCUCAUCAACGCCAAGUUCUGCAAGCACGACUUGAGUAUUGUGAGCAAAUGCACACCGAAGAUAAAAGUCAGCAUGGACGACGUAUGGCUGCACUCGAGCAAAGCCGGCAGGAACUGAACGAGAAGUGCAAUGCAUUGCAGGAUGAGUUGAAAGGUCUGAUGAAUGUCUGUGACAAGCCUCUUCUAACAGCUACAGAAUUUCAAGCUUUGAAAAGCCGUCCUAUUGAUCGGCUCCUUCCUUCCAACCUCUUGCAGGUUGCUCUGUACGAGUCCGUUCAGCCGGUGCUGCAGGAAAAGGACGAAUUAGCUAAGCAAGUGGUAUUUGCCCAACAGCAGGCUGCAGAGUGCCAGGAGGAAGCCACCCGCCAUAUUACCAUGUAUCACAAAGAAGCUGAACAGCGGCACAAAGUACAAAUGCUCUGCACGGAACUGCAAGAGCAGCUCGAGAAACACGUUCUAUUGAAAAUGACAGGGGAGAAGGAGAGAGACUUGCGCAUUCUGAAUUAUGAUGAUGUGCUCAAGGAGCGUGAUGCUGCAGCCAGCCAGUGCCAAGUCUUGCAAAAGGAGGUGGACCGGUUUGAGCUGCGUGUCGCCGAGGCUGUUGCUGAUGUUAGCAACUUGACAGAGAAAGUUAGUGCAGCUGAGAGACAGGUUGAGUUGCUGCAACAAGACAAGGCCUAUCUCACACAGCAAGUUGAUGCCAGUAAGCACCAUCAACACUUGGCUGAGGAUCGAGUCGAAGAAGUGCGUCAACGACUGCACGCAACCACCACUACCUUGGAAUCGCUGCAGACUACGACGACUGCUGAAAGAGGCGAGCGCCACAAAGAAUGGAAUGACCGCUUGUCGCAGGAGUUGAGUGCGAUCAAGGCACAGACCAGUGAGGAAAUACAGCGCAUCCGCUCGCAAAGUUCUGACGCUGUGGAGCGCGAGACACGGCUACUGAAAGAAGCACUGGAGCGUUGUCAGCUGGAACGUGACAAUGCACGUCACAUGCAGCUUGAUCUGGAUUCCAAGCACCAGGCCUUGCUUCUUGAAUUUCAACGUCUGGAGUCCACUGGACAGAACCAGCUUUCCGAGUGUCAGCAUGAAUUACAACUGAGGGCGUUUGAAUUGGAGCGCCUUCGCUUGCUACAUACUGACUGUGCCAGCAAGGAGCAAAGUGCCAAACUAGAUGCUACAAAAGUAGCUAAGCAACUUGAGCUUGUCAAGGAAGAACUUCAUGAAGCUAAGCGUGAGUAUGACCGUCAUCUUAUGCAAGCUGACCUGGAAAACCGCAGCCUGAAGCAACGCCUGUCGUCAUAUGAAGCCCUGGAGAAAGAGUUGGAAGAAACAUUAGAGGAAGCUGCACACGAUGUAAACCGUAGCGCAGGUACUGGUCACGAACACUUUGCCACUGCCACUGCUACUGCCGCUGCCAUGAACACAGCAACUUCUCAAGGAGCUGCUGAUGCUGCUUCAGGAUUCAAACCCUCUAUGCCACCGCCACCACCACUCCUGGCAAGCGGCCAUUUUGCCACCAGCCGUCACUGGCAGAACCGCCUGUCUGUAGCAAGGCGACUACUUCAGUGUGACAGGGAGUGUGUGUAUUUGCGACGGCAACUUGCUGAUGAAAAGGAGUCCGUGCACCGCCUACAGCAAGAGCUGGAAAGCAAUCAACAAGUCUUGCGACAGACCCAGCAACCCAUGUCAGUCCUCAUUCAAACCAUGCAGUCAAGAGAUGAACAGCUGCGGCGACUUGAGCACACCGUUACCAAGCUUCAAGCUGAUCUUGAAUGCGUGCAUGCUGAGAAGACAUCAUUACUCAAGGAGAAGACUGCACUGUUGUCUGAUCUGGAACACCUCGUCCAUCAACAAGAGGACUUCACUCAGCUACGCGAGGCUAUUCAAUCUCUUCAAGACCGCCGCCAGGCCCCCAGACGACAUCCAGACAAGCACCGUGCUGGCAAGACAUCUGUCAAGCUUGCUCUUGAUGACAUUGAACGAGAAGGAGCUAAGUCAGUGCCUUCUUCAGCAGACACCAAACCUGAAGCAUAUAGAAGACAUCAGAGUGAUGGUAACCGUUCCAACAGACAUGGCACUACCAAUUCUCUCCGUUCCCAUGCCCGUCAUCCGCAGCCAGUUGCAGUUCGCCAAGAAGUCAUUCAGCCAGCGGAACUGGGUGUGCUUUCGCAACCCGCACCGACUAUAUUUACUAAAUCGUCUUCGGCAAACCCAAAGAAAAGGACCAAGCCCCACUAGAAACUAGCACUAUGACUAAACAACACGAACAGCUUGAUCCCGGAAUUCUUCUCCCAUAUGUUUGAUCAGAUAGACCGUUCUUUUAUUCUUG